AUGGCAUCACUGGAAACUGUGCUGAAGAAUAAUGUCAACCUGGCAGACUAUGGCCCAGGUUUAGUGGCCGUGUUCGUGGGCGGAACCAGCGGGAUUGGCGAAGUGACUGCUCGUGCCUUGGUACGAGACACAGUAUCACCACGAGUCUAUCUUGUCGGUCGCAAUGAGAAGCAAGCUUCCAAGAUCAUCGAGGAACUCCGCCAAGUCAAUCCCAAUGGUCAAAUCAACUUUGUGCAUUGCGAUGCUGCCCGCCUCAAGAGUGUGGACGAGGCUUGCAAGACUAUCCAGGACAAGGAAGACAAAGUCAAUCUGUUGUUCAUGACUGCUGGAAUAUUGACGACCAAAGGGCCUGAUGAAACGGAUGAAGGACUGGAUAAGAAAAUUAGUCUGCAUUACUACUCUCGCAUGCGGUUCCUGACGAAUCUUGUGCCGCAAUUGACCAAAGCCGGCUUGGCAACCGAGGCAUCCUCCACUGCAACCCAACCGGGCCUCUACCGAAAUCUGUCUCGAGUGGUUUCCGUACUGGAAGCCGGUGGCGAAGCGCCCCUUAUUCUCGACGACUUGUCUCUGAAGAAAAACUAUUCGCUACGAAACUGUGCCAAGCAUGCCAUUACCAUGACCUCUCUGUCUAUGGAGCAUUUGUCAUCUAUGUAUCCAACGACAUCCUUCGUGCACGCCUAUCCGGGUGUAGUGAAGACAGGUCUCAUGCGCGACUUCGGGGCGAUCACCCGCACUGCCAUGAGUGCCCUUUUCGUUCUGGCCCGCCCCUGGAUGGUGCCAUUGGACGAGAGUGGUGAGCGGCAUCUAUACGCCGCCACUAGCCCCCGUUUCCCGCCACGAGCGUCUAAGGACGUUGAGCGUGCGGCACCAGGCUCCGACGGGACCAAGGGUAGUGGUGCGUAUUUGUUGCAUUGGGAUGGAUCUGACAAUGGAAAUAAGAAGCCCCUGCAAGAACUUCGGAAAAAUGACACGGGGAAAUUAGUUUGGGAGCAUACUUUGGGGGUGUUUGAGUCGAUUUGUGGCAAAUCUACUACUCCGUAG